GGCUAGGGUUAAUAGGGGUUAAUGGGAUAUAGAUGUAUCUAGGUACCUAAUAUUCGGAAAAAGGGGCAACUCGAACCUCCAUGAAUCAUCAUCUAGCUAAGCGCAGCAGCCUGGCGCCCUUAACAAUUCAAAACUACACACUUUAACAUAACUGUACGGCCGCGAUGAAUAGGUAGUAUUGCUUUUUCUAAUCUACUGGUCAUCUAUCUGCAACGACUACGUCAUAUACACAUCUACGAAUAAUGCGUGGAACAUGAAUCCUACCAUCUACAAAAGCAAGACCAAGUAAGCUACGACUCUACGACCCAGACUAUACAUACCUAUACGAUUUUUAUGAAUGAUGCGAUGCUGUAUCCGCGUCCUCACUACCACUGUACGCUCAUACCCACAAGCGCAUCAAUUACUCAUCAGGAAAAUGGCAACCUCAUCGUCAACUCCGCCCCCAACCGGCAGCUCGAAGACGCACUUUCCAUCCGACGCAUCACUGCCAGGGGAGCGCUUCGAAGUCCGACAAACCCACGAAACGGGAGACUACACGCCGGACCCGAGUAAAUCAUUCCCACUCUCGCCGGCGCGCCAGGCACUCGUCGAUGAUAUCGUAGCAUUAUACGAGAUGAAGCCCACGGUACAACGGGUGAAGAGGUACACGCCCGAUUGCGUGUAUAACGACCAAUUCGUAUAUGCGGAUGAUCGAUAUAAGAUGGCUGGGCAAUGGUUUGCGCUGCCGAAGCUGUUUCGUAGUGCUGAGAGCCAUGGAUAUCAGGUUGUGACGAAUGAUCGGGAUUUGAUCCAGUUUAGACAUGAGGAGGCGUGGACGUUUAAGAUCAUCCCUAAGACCGCUGUCAUCAAUGCGCUGGUUAGCUUGUCGCUCGAUCCGAGCUCCAUCGACGACGAUUUUAUCCGUGUCAAGUACCAUAAGGACCAAGCUAAUGACAAGGACUAUUCCAAUGAAGGACUCGGGGCGACGUUUAAAAAGUGGCAGGCGGAUAAUGUAUCCAAGUAUAUGGAUAGUCCCGAGGUUAAGGAGUUCGAACCCGAUAAAAAUGCUGGCAAAGAGCCUCGUCAGACUUAUGGACGCGGAGAUGAAAAAGGAGAUGCCCCUGUUAAGAACCUAUAAGAUCUGGUAUGCUCUACGUCUGUAAAUAGAUCAUGGUCGGACCCAUGAGCUUGGAUAGCUUUCCUGAUCCUUGAUUAUGUGCUGCCUUUGUUAAUAAUAUCAACUUUGAAAUUGUUGUCCAUUUGAAAUAAUCUGCUACAUAUGUGCGUGCGAAUGAGCAUGGGGUCCGUUUAUCGCGUGGCAUGGCUUGGAUUCUUGAGAAUGGACAAUUAUCUCCUGAAAGGUUAUUCAAGACAAACGCGGAUGUCUGAGACCGUUAGAUAGCUUAAAGUGGUCCCUUUCGUGUUGUCGCCUUAGCGAGGAAAAAUAAAACGUCGCUGCCAACUUCCUGUAUCUGAGGCCUUGAAAUAAUUCAGCUUGAACCUGAUUUCGAUGGAUGGAGGGUUCGUGUUGCUCUUAUGACAUAUGCACUGCAUAGAGGUGCAUUAAAAAUC